UUCUAGUACCCCUAACGGAGAUGGCGGACAGUUGUAACCCGAUGGCGAUAAAUCUGAAUCUUGUCCAGGGCUACCGCUGACCACAAAAUCUACCGGUCAAUUUGUAUACCACGGAUAUAACGCAACGUCGAUCAUGGGGACGUCAGAAAACACGACAGCAGCCGGUCCUGGCAAGACCAAUCUACCGGAUAUGAAAGGGGACGUGGAUUAUGUAAACCAUGGUAUGGAGGACCAGAUGGAAAUACAAGGGUACAUCCGGUCAAAGAUGAAAACGGCUGUAGUAAUAUUCUUUUCCGUUAUAACUGGCGGGUUACUGCGCCUCUUCCUGUUCUGGUUCCCGUACCUCUUAGUCAUGUGGACUCACCGAAAGUGCCAAAUAGAUGUCGCCAUAAUUGUAAUUUUGAAGGACCAGUUCAAUCAGCGGCAUGUAAGUGAGGUUAUGACAGCCAUGGUGGACAAAGGAUACAGUGCUAUAACAGGGUCCAGUCUACGUUCAUCUUUCAAACGCUCGGUAUCAAACAAUUUUUCUAAAAGGAGGACGAGUGAUACCACACCGUUAUUGAACUCUGAUGACAAGUUGGAAUUCGAUGUCGUUCGUUAUUUCAUCUCAAAGAAAGUCAAGUACGUAUGGAAUCCCGAAAAAGACCUCUUUGAAAAACUCAGGGGUUUGGAACAAUCAACAUCAUGUUCUUACUUCCACAACACUAAAGGACAAAGCAGAGCAGAACAAAUUAAGAGUCGAGCAACUUAUGGCGUGAAUCGAAUUGAUGUCAAUAUCACUCCGCUUUUUCAAUUAUUUUUUCUGCAGGUCUUGUCGCCUUUCUACGUGUUCCAAAUGUUUAGUGCCACCGUCUGGUUCAUAGAAUGGUAUUAUUACUACGCCGGGUUCAUUGUCGGGAUAUCGAUUCUUUCCAUGUCAGUGGCAAUCUACCAGACUAGAACGACUGAAUUAGCAUUACGCAGCACAAUAGAAUCGUCUUCAAACGUUCUUGUGUGCCGCGGAAAGAAUGUGUAUGAGGAGAUAUCUUCCGAUGAUCUGGUUCCCGGUGACGUCAUAGAGAUUCCAAGACGAGGCUGUAUGAUGCAGUGUGACGCAGUUCUCGUGUCUGGAAACUGUAUUGUAAACGAGGGCAUGCUUACAGGAGAAAGUGUGCCAAUUACAAAGACACCUCUCCCGAAUCCAUCAAUGUCAAGAUCACAGGAAGAUGUCAUGUUUAGUAUGCGCGAGCAUGCGCGUCACGUCUUGUUUUGUGGUACAAAGGUCAUCCAGACUCGAUACUAUGACAACCAUAAAGUGCAAGCUGUUGUUAUCAGAACAGGUUACAACACAGCUAAAGGUGAACUGGUAAGGUCAAUCAUGUUCCCAAAGCCCAUUGACUUCAAGUUUGAGGUGGACACGUAUAAAUUCUUGGCUUUUCUUGCAUGUCUAGCAGCAUUCGGAUGUGUCUACACAUUCUGGGUCAUGGCGGGCAGAGAUUUACCAGCUGAUGAGGUAAUUCUCAUGGCACUUGACCUCGUGACAGUAGCCGUGCCUGCUGCACUUCCGGCAGCUCUGACCAUUGGAAUAGUGUUUGCACAAUAUAGACUGAAAAAGUGGGGGAUCUUCUGUAUCAGUCCGAAGAGAAUCACUGUUAGUGGUACUCUAAACGUCGUCUGCUUUGACAAGACAGGUACAAUAACAGAAGACGGCUUGGACAUGAAGAGCGUUAUACCAGUCACAGAAGCCAAGUUUCACGGAGAGGUUACCUCAUUAUCUACCAUGACUAGGAGUCCCAUCAUGGCUGCCAUGACAACCUGUCAUUCUUUGACAAUAAUUGACGAUGAACUGUGCGGUGACCCCAUUGACCUGAUAAUGUUUGGUGCAACUAAUUGGGAACUGGUAGAGCCAGGACAGGAGGAGUCAAGGUUCGAUCAAAUGGCGCCCACCAUUGUGAGACCUGUUGCCACGGUGAACAACAUCUACAACGACUCAUUUGACUCAAAUUUUCAGCUACCUGUCGAUGAAAUUGGUAUAAUCAGACAGUUCACAUUUUCCUCGAGUCUACAACGGAUGUCUGUCAUUACCCGGAAGUUGGGAGACAAGAACUUUGAACUCUACACGAAAGGCGCGCCCGAGAAAGUUAUUUCCCUUUGUAAAUCAGAUACAGUGCCAGUUGACUUCCAUGAGGUGCUCACCCAGUACACACAAAGGGGACUUCGUGUAUUGGCUCUGGCCUGGAGACCACUUCCUGGGAAGCUAAAGUACACAAAGAUUCAACGAAUACAGAGAGAACAAGUUGAGAAAGACCUGCGUUUCCUCGGUCUUAUGGUCAUGGAGAACAGACUGAAACCUUCGUCUGCGUCCGUCAUCCACCAGUUGAAAGAUGCAAAUAUCAGACCAAUAAUGGUUACUGGGGACAACAUGCUGACCGCUCUGAGUGUGGCCAGAGAGUGUGGAAUGAUUGACCCAAUGGACAACAUCAUUCUUGUGCAAGCGUAUCCUGCCCAGGGAUGGUCUGAAGCGUCACUCGAAUACAUCUACACUGACAGCAAGGCGCCAGAGGACCUAGAUCUCAUCACGUUAUCUGGAGGGAGAAUAGGGAAUACGGAAAUUUCAGAAAAAUUCAACGAAGUCAAUUCCAAAUACCAUCUGGCGACUGAUGGCCGGUCGUGGGCAGUAAUCAGGCAAUAUUUCCCGGACAUGAUUCCAAAGUUGGUAGUGAAAGGGACAGUGUUUGCGAGAAUGUCACCAGAGCAGAAAAGCCAACUGGUAGAGGAGCUACAGGAAUUGGAGUACUACGUGGGGAUGUGUGGAGACGGAGCCAAUGACUGUGGGGCCCUGAAGACGGCACACGCUGGUAUUUCUCUGUCAGAGGCAGAGGCAUCAGUUGCUUCACCUUUUACAUCUAAAAACCCUGACAUUGAAUGUGUGCCUACCCUUAUCAGGGAGGGGAGGGCCGCCUUAACAACGUCUUUCGGAAUCUUCAAAUACAUGUGUAUGUACAGUUUGGUGAUGUUCACUACAAUCUGUAUUUUAUACUGGAAAAACGCAAACCUAACGGACUUCCAGUUUCUGUUUAUCGACCUCAUUCUACUUACAACGCUCAGUAUAUCAUUCAGCUGGACUGGGGCGUAUUCCAAACUGGUACCAGAUCCACCCCUUCUAAAGCUCGUUAGCAUUUCUCCCAUCCUGUCUGUGUUUUCGCAAACAGUGAUUUCAAUGGGAUUCCAAGUCUUUGUCUAUUCUAAUAUCAGCGAGCAAGUCUGGUUUAUACCUUUUGUGGAGAACGACGAAUGGGACUACAGAUGUCACGAAGUCACCGCUUUGUUUAUGGUGUCAAAUUUCCAAUAUUUCUUCCUCAGCAUCGCGUUUUCGAAGGGAGCACCCUACAGGAAGUCCGUCUUUUCCAACUAUCCAUUUAUGGUUAACUUGGUUUUUUGUUUCGCGAUGAAUGCCUGGCUUACAUUACACCCCGGACAGGAUACAGAAGAAUUUAUAGAGCUUCAGCCUCCUCCAUUUCUCUACCGUCUAGUUCUACUGGGAAUCGCCUUCAUCAACGGAAUGGUAUCCAUAUUAUUUGAAAUGCUUGUGAUUGACAGUAAAUAUAUCAGCAGAACAUUACAAACCAGAAUAGAGGAAAUGUUCAAGGGAGCAUCGUAUAAAUAUCUAGAAGUUGAAAAAGAUAUUGAGAAGGAUAUCUCUUGGCCACCAACACAAACAAAACCAUCUAACCUUGUCGAUGCUUUUGCGAGGAUGGAUAGUGCCCACAAUGUACCAGAUUUUGACCAGAACAGUCUUCUGAGCAGCCUUCUUUACUCAAGCAGCGGUUCAUACAAGUCGCACAGUCUUCACUCGACUGGUUCACUACGAUUCUCAUCGGGUUCAUACAAAGUAGGUAUGGACGAAGAACAACUUAUCGGUUCUCUUGGCAAAGAGCAGGAUGCAACAUCGAUGGGUGCUAUAUUCCCUUAUUUAACUAAAAUGGAGGAUAUAACGGUGAAACAGUAUGGAAAUGUAGAAGGAUUUGUCAAUGAAUUGCCACCAGAGACAUAUACCUCUCGGAACAGACAGUCAGAUGAUCCUGAUUUUGCGAACGAACAAGGAGACAAUAUAGCCGCAAAGACACUUCCACCAGAAUAUUAUUUAGGGGAUUCAAACACGAAAACAGAAAGAGUAUCUUCUCCAGUGACACUUACAACAGAUCAGCAUGUUGUGCCCGAGAUAAAAAUCAUCAAACCCGAACAAAAAUCCUUCGAUUUCGAAAAGGACAAAACAAACGUUAUUUAUACAAAGCAGACAACCAGUCGAAUCGAUCAACAUAGUACUGGGCUUAAAGAUUCCAACCAAUCUGACCUACAUUCAUCAGAAACCGAUGCUAAACCAGAUACACAAAAUGACGAUAUCGAUGCACGUCCAGGAACUGAGGAUAACCAAAGCAAUAAACUAAACACUGAAACGGAAUCCAAUGUCCAUGAGACAAGAUCAAUCCCAGAUGAUGACCCAACCGGAGGAAGCAGCGCAUCAGAUGGUGACGCGGAUAAUGAAGCAGAUAAAGAAAACACUCAUCUAUAGGAACUAAUGAAUAAAACAUAUUGAUGAUUAGCAAGGUUAAUUAUUUAAAACAGGACUAUUAUCCUAAUUUUAUGUUUGGUCCUUGAAUAGGAUAAUAGUUCGUUCUCUACGAAAAAAAGGAACAUCUGUCACUAAUAAUAUUAGUGAAAAGAACAUCAGAGGUAGAGCAGAUUAUUAUUAUACGAGGAAGAAAUAUAGUGAAGCAGCAAGGAAGACAAUUCAUGGGACUACAUAUUACAAUUACAGAAAACGUUCUGUAAUGACAUUGGCUGUGGAAUCCAUGUUCUCUUUUCUAACCUUUUGUUUUGCUCUCACGCGCUGUAUAUUAUGGACAAGAUAUAUAUUGAGUACAUUGCAUAUAUAUACAUAUACAUACAUGUAUUAUGCUGACGCACAAUUUUAUUUACUUGCGCCCAUUAUAAAUGUAUGACAUUUGCAUUCUAUCUAUCGACACAUGUUUUACAAACAUGAUAGACUAAUUGCAUAACAUAUUAUCUGUGAUCAUGAUUUUACCUUCAUUUCCUGUUCAAGAAUAUCAAUUUCCGUAAUUAUUUAAGUUACAGGAAUUACUUUCAUGGAAAAUGCUUUUAGAUUGGCGAGUUGCACUUGGUAUUGAAUGUCUGAGUUCAUCAUGUUUGUAACUGUAAAAAAAACUUGAAGCAAACACACUUUGAUGCAAAUAACUUAUGUAUUUUAUAGGUAAAUUAUAUCAUCGUUGAAAAGAAUUUAUGACCUUAUCUUUCUCACAACAUACUGUCAUGUUGUAAAUGUCGUACAUAAAAUGUGUUUAUAGCCGUUUAAAGAAAACGCAUUGCAUUCGAGCCGUAUCCUUGUACGAGUGGAACUUGUUCGUUGUUAAUUCUAUGCGAGUUAGUGCAUAGUUUACAAUGACUCAGAACACGGAGUCACGUGAUUCAGUUCAUAUUUAUAUAUUUUCACUUCAGGCAGUUAUCUCGGAAGCAAACGCAACACAAGCGCCUCGUUGAUAUUGACGUCAGGAAUCGGAAAAAACAACAGCAUUAUGCGUAUAACACAUAAAGUCUUACAAAGAUCACUUAGCAUCCGUAACGUCAAUUUAAUAUUUAUAAUUUAAAAUGUAUAUAUUAAUACAAGUAUAUUACAAGUGGAACCUAAUACAAUCUGUUUUAAAUCGGCAGUAUUAAUCAUUGUAACUUUGGCAUAUGUCUGCUGCUGACUUAGGUCUGACGUAUAUUUGUUUUGUUAAAAGAUGUCGUAAUAAUAUGUGGAUAUGUCGAAAUAGUUUUAACUUAUGUCGACAUAUUAUCACAGUUGCCGAUAUCAUAUCACGUUCGUAGGUAACUCGGCUUUUAAUCGCGUCAAUACCAUUUCGUGACACUUGUUUACUUAUCACUUACUGUAAAAGUGGAUAUUUUUGUGUGUGGACAUUUUCAGGCUUAUUUACUGAACGCAAAAAACGCGAACAUGUCUGGACAACCAGUGGAAGUAUAAUGAAAGUUAACGUAACUCACAAACAUACUUCGAUUUCGGGUUUCGGUAAAUUCACUAGAUACAUCUGUAGCUAAUUAAUGUCACACUCGAGUAUAAAAACGACAAAAAACCGAGUUAACUUCUUAGAUGAUUAUUUUUUCGACAAAAUUAUUUCUGACAAAGCGGUUAUAUUUUGACAUAAUUGAUGAAAAAUGACGACGAAAUCUGGGAAUGUGUGUCGAAAUCUCUUACUAUGCGGAUAUCUUUUUAAACUUAUAUCGACAUACGUACAUUGUAACUUGUAAUUCGUAAGGUUUUGAUUUCAGAAAUAUGCCCUCGUAUGGUACAAUAGUGAAAUUUAACACUCAAAUACUCGUACCUUUCUUCAUGUGACAACCCGGCGAAUACUCACCGUUAAGGAUCCCUCUCCCACUGCACUGUUGUCUUUUUCUUACAUACAGUUACCUUCAUUUAGCUUCCGUUUGGAUAUAAAUGUAAUACAGUUGGGUCAUGGCACUUUUGUUGACCAGGUAGCUAAAUUGGUAAGAGCGGUAAAUUAUCAAUCUGAAGUCUAAGGUUCUAAUCCCGGGCUAGCCCUGCUGAUUUAAUUUUCACUCAAAACACUAUUGUUGAUUUAUAUUGUUUACUUUAUCUUUAGUUUUUGUCAUAAAAGUCCUGCAAGGUAUGGUUUAGUUUUCAGAAAUGAUUUAUCAAAACUUUUCAACACUUAGUUACAGUUUUUGGCAGUGGGACGGGGACCCUUAAAUAACUAUUUACACAUUUUUGAUACCCAGGUGUGUUCUCCAUAUUCACCUGACUACUAUUAAAUAUCUACAUGGGUUAUACUUACAUAAAACUAUUGAAAUGCAAAUUACACUUUCCUCAUAGAAAAUUUGUGUUAUGUUGUCUGCAAAAUAAACAAUAAAAGUGAGUCAUGCUUUUUUGUGUGGCACUUAAUCCAUGUUUUGCAUAUCUUUUAUAAAAAUAUAUGUCCUAACUAUGAUUAGGUGUUUCUUGAUUAAUCGAGUUUCAGAAAGAUGAAUGGAAGACACACGCACACCGUGGUUUAGAUUUAGAAAAGAUAUGAUGUUUCUGUAGUGAUAAAAUCAUAAAUUUUCGUGGGACAUUUAAUUUCGUUAAUUUCGUGGAUAACAAUAUUCCACGAAAAUAAAUCCCCACGAAAACAUAAAUUUGGUAUGAUAAAGAUAGGGUAAAAUCAGAAAUCAUCAAAUUAUAAUGUCAUUGAAACAGUUUAGUAUAUGAAGACCACGAAAUUUUAAACCCACGAAAAUUAAUGAUUUUACAGUAUACAUGUAUUGUACAUGAACCGAUGAGAUUAUACAGUUUCAACAGUUUUUGUUUAUGUUAACUUACAUGUAUAUAUGAGGAUACAAAUAAGAAAAUCACAGAAGAAAGUCACAAAAAUUAAUGAUUUUACUGUAUAUACAAUAUAAAACUGUUUUGAUAUCAUCCAGGUUAUUAUUAAUAUACUCAUUAACCAAAAGCAAGAGUAACAAGAGAAGUCUGUAGCAUACAACCUAACCGAAUAGCUUCAUUACUAUAUUGCAUGACUUCUGAUAAUUUGGGGAUAAGAAGGUAUGCUUCAUUGUACAUUACAUACAAUUUACCUACAUGAACCUAAAAUAAAUCAUAUUUACAUCAGCAUCACAUUGUUCCCAACGUAUGCCCUAUUUUACAUCGUUCAGUGUAAUAUAUUAAUAAAUUCCGAAGGGGUCAAUCCCUACCUGAAAGCAACAAUAGUUCCAGACACCAUUUACACGUGGUUUAGUUUUGUAAACGUACUAGAAAGUAUUGGUAAAGAUGACUAUAAAUCAGUUAUACAAAUUUAAUUAUUCAUUCGAUGACCAAAAAGGGAGCUCCUUGAUAUAGCACCUACGUUAUCAAUAAAGCUCUGUUAUGAAAUUAAAAUGUGGUCAAAUGGCAUAGUCAUAAGUUAAUUAUUACAAUUUGCAGACCAAUACACUCUAUUUUUUAUUCUAAAAAUACAAGUUUUUGGUUAAUUAAAUAGUUUUGUUGAAAAAAAUGUAUUGAGACAACCAUUUGAAAUGUAUGUCUACUUAUUUACAGGUUUGUAAGUGUGAAACGAUUUUGGAAAGGAGACAUGUGUCAUGAAAUUAGGAAAGGUACAUAAUGUAUCCUGUAUUAAAGUACUUUUUAUUUUGCUAAUAUAGUGGUUGGGUGGUAGGUUGCGAUAGCGCUCCCGUCUUUCACCAAGACAAACUAAAUUGGUAUCCCCGAUCGGACGUGAAAAGAUAUUCUGUUACUUGCGGAAACAUGUGGGUACUCCGGUUUCCUCCCAAAUCCAGACCUCCUUGUGCCUUCAUCCCGGCCAACACGAUUGAUAAAUAUGAAUUAAAAAUCUUCUUUCCUAAUUUUUAUAAAGUAAGUGUAGUGUAUAUUGCUUUUCAGUGAUUAGGUAGAUGCACCCUUACAUUGCAAAAUAAAUUAAACUGCACCUGUCUCUAUUAACGUCUUGUACAGAAAUAAAUGACAAUUUCAACUAUCUUACACUUGAGAAGGUUUGAUUGAAGUGUUAUAAAAUCUUAAAUUGUGUAUAAAAUGUGAACAUGAAUCCUGUCACAGUCAUGGCACGUAUCUACUAUAGCGCCCCCUGCUGGAUACUGUGACCUUAAAUACACAAAACUAUGUGUGUGGGGAUCGGGACAGAACAGCAUGGGAACUCGUAAUUUUAACUUGCUGAACUUUACUCAGACAGUAAUUCUUCAAAAUAUUUUCUUGCUUCAAUUAACCUGUCCUAUGAAUAUCAGCUUGCAUGCCAACAUUCAACAAACUCUUCUCAGUAGAUCCUGUUAAACAUAAUAAAACAACAAAGUUUUUCAUAAUGAAAACAACAUCUGACUAAAGAUGAAGUCAAUUAGACUCGGCACCGAUCAAUUGUUGACUUAUAUAGAAAAUAUAUAUUUUUCCAUAUUUUAGGUGUACAUGACCCGGGAUGCUUUAUGCUCUUGUUUUCUCUCUCUUUUAUAUCUGAACUGUUUUAAAACAGAUUCCAUGUAAAGAGUUGAUGUAUGGGUGUUGUUACAUUACAAUAUGUAAAUUCAUAGAAUAUGUCGACAUACGUAGCUUGUAAGUGUAGGUUGAUAGCAGAGAAAAUGCUUCCGUUAUUUUGUUAUCGCCCUACCAAUAUAGCAUUAAUUAGUUAGAUGUAAAAACAUGAAAUUAAAGCAAAUCCAUAGAAUGUCUAUCACAAACUCUCGGUACACUGUUGAAACUGUGGUUGAUUAUGGAGAUUUGGUGUAGACAACGUUGGUGUAGAACUUCCGAAUAUGAGCCUGCAUACGAAAUUUUGUAUUGAACCAUUUUAAGAGAGUAACUGCAUUGCAACCAAAUAACAAAUCGAUAUUCUGUAGCUCAUUAUCUAUGGGUUAUCGAUACCACGCGGCACUUUGGUGAUCAAACAGAUUUAGGGCAGUCUUUGCACGAAGAGCAGUAACUACAAAAAGAAUCAGUUAGCCUCAUUAAUUGUGCGUUAAUGCAUCAUAUUGGCGAUCGAUUUGAGCCAGACAUUUAAAAUUGCAUGUGCAUAUCUAUUUUUGUUGAUAUCGAACAAUUUUCAGAGUAGGUAUUGAGUGGAAAGCAAUUAAUAUAUUAUAAUGGUUUAGCCUUAUUAAUUAUUCAUAUAAUGCAUAAAUAUGCAUACAUCACAUUGGCGAUCAAAUUUUUAAUGUGGCAUGCAAUUGUGAACGUGCAUACCAAAUUUGAUUGAAAUUGAACCAUUCCUGGGAUAGUUAGUGCACGGAAACAUUUAACCAAUCAUAAUCAAGUAGCAUCAUUGAUUAUACAUAAAAGUGCAUUCAUCACAUCGGCGAUCAAAUUUUUAAUGUUACAUGCCAUUAUCAAUUUGCAUACCCAAUCUGAUUGAGAUUGAACCAUUUUUGGAUAGUCAUUGCAUAGAAUCAAUUAACCAAUCAGAAUCAAGUUGCAUAAUUGAUUAUGCGUAAAUAUGUAUAUAUGUGUAAAUCACAUCAGCGAUCGAUUUUUUCAUGGGACAUGCCAUUAUGAAUGUGCAUACCUAAUUUGAUUGAAAUUGAACCAUUAUUAGGGUAACUAUAAAGUAUGCGUAAAUAAUUAUGCACACAUGACAUUAGCGAUCGAAGUCAUAUCUUCAGUUGGAUUUAUAUCUAUCGUUAAAAAAUAAAUUAUUAAUAUGAUAUUAAAGCCACAGAGAAAAUAACAUAUUAAAUAUCGCACAUCAAAUCAGUAAAAUUAAUCAUCACACUCUUAUGAUUCUAAACUAAACAAAUAUGCUUCAUUGUUCAAAGAAUUAUUAUUAAGUUAGGUAAGAAAACAACACUCAAAGGCGUUUAUGUUAAUGCAGUAAUUAUAUUCAUCACCUAGAUUGUAGGAGAAACAUAUUGUAAGGCCGAUAGUUCUAGAAUCCAAAUAAUGACACCUUUCUUAAUAUUGGAAAAAAUAUAAUCCUAAAAGAAAAUUAAGGAUAAGACUAGAUAGUAAAUUUGUAUAUUGAUGAAUAGACCGAAAAGCGAAGUGCACUCUCAACAAACCUCGAAUAUAUUUCCUAUUCACUUCCAGAAUUGGAAAGGAAAACUGUUAUUGCAAAAAGGAUGUGUCAUUUUCAUUUAAAACGAAAUUGGUACUUUUUAUGAAUGGAACAAUGAUUUUUAUGUAUGAUGCUUCAUGCUAGGUUAGCCGGAACCUUCAACAGACACAUGUACUGCCUUCAGUGAUGACGCUAAUAAGGCGAUGUCUAGAUCUUCAUUAAUCUUCAGGAAUUAUUUAAUGUCAUCUGUUCUAAAAUCGACUAUAACGCUUGUAUUUUCAAUGUCAAAAGACGUGAUUGUACAUGAUUAUUCAAGAAUGUCAAAUCACUAGCAACUAGGACCCCGAUAUCUGUAUUCUAGAAUCAGAAAUACAGACAACAAGAUACAAUAAAAAGGAUUUUACACCAUUUUAUAUUGUGAUUUCUUUAUUUAUAUUUGUUUAUAGAAAUGAAAUACCAAACAGUUGAUUGAACAAAUACGCAGAAAAGCCAGCUUUGAUUAUAUCUUAACAGUAAAAAUUAGACAGGAUUGCGAGUCUGGUAUUUCAAUAUUUU